AAUCGACGUAAAUUGAUUGUAAAACAUGAGGAGCCACAAUAUUCACAAUUGAAUUGUCAUGGAGCACGUCCAUUUACCUUAUUCAAAUCAAUUUAUACAAAUAAUACUGAUCGAUCACAGGAAUAUUCAUUUAAAACUGAACGUACAACGGAAAGUUUAUGCAGU